AGUUUUCAAAACUCAUCAAAGCUUUGAGGAUGUCAUGGAUGGGUGCCUGUAUGAUCUGUGUGAUUCAAUUCUGUUUUGGAGCGCAGGAUAUCACAGUAAAAUGUGUGGAACCUGGAUACAACGUAACUAUAAACUGCACUUUUACAACCACUAUUCAGUUUGAAUCAGAUGAUGUUAACUGGUUUAUACAUCGUCAAGCACAGCCUCCUGUGGCCAUUUUAAAAUCUUAUAAUAGUAUGAACAUACACCCUUUUUGUUUUAUCAGUGAUUGUCGUCAGAAAUAUUCAUUACUACCAGAACAUAAAUUGAUAAUAAAGAACGUGACAGCAGAUGAUUGUGCAGUGUACUACUGUGUAAAGCAAUACAAAGGUAGAUCUGUAUUCAGCAAUGGCACCAGACUCAUGACUACUGGAAAUCUUGCGAGUGAAAACCAAUCAAUACUAACAACAAACAGAGCUGAUGAACAUGGAGCAUUAGAGAAAACCAGUGACUUCAACACAAUGUGGCUAAAAGGUCUUCUUAUUGGAUCGGGUGUCUGGAUUGCAUUUCUCACUGGACUGGUGUCAGUGCUGUGGAAGAGAGCGGCUCUCCAAAAGACUCAUGACUCUCAUCGAACCUCUGAUUCACCUGGUGGGUCAGAUGGACUGGAGUACGAAGUGAUACAACUGCCACUGCCAAAACGACCCAGGCCUGACCACAGCGCCACCACUACAUAUUCUGAAGUGCGGAAUCUAAAUCCUGAAUAACAAUUUCCUAAUGAGGUCCCAAGUCUGUAUUUGUCCUUACUCUUCCAAUCUAGGGCCUAUUGCAAUAAUACAUAUGACUUUGGUGAAUAAUUUGUUAUAGAAUAUUACUUGAAAAUAUACCUUUUUUGUUGGAAAAGUGAGAAAGAUUGUUUGUGUAUUUCUGUUCAAGCCCACCUAGAGAUUUGGUUAGGUGACCCACAUUCAUAUCCUGUUUGAGAAAAGUGUUCUAUUGUACCUUUCUGGGCGGAAGUUAUUUUUGACCACAACUGAAGCUGCCAUUACUGGCUUAUUGAUAAUAGUUAAUUCAGUUGUGGUCAAAGCUUGGUAAAAAGUUUAAUAUAUUUUGUAAUUUAAUGACAAAACCACUGUAUGGUUUUGA